GCUUCAUUUGGAUCCGCCUCUUCCGGUUGACACAAGCUUUGAGUCGGAAGCUUUAUUAUUACUUGUGUUUGUGUUUCUGAGGACUGUUUAUUGAUCAGAGCAAGACAUGUCGGAAAGAAAAGUCUUAAACAAAUACUACCCUCCGGAUUUCGAUCCGUCCAAAAUCCCUAAACUGAAACUACCUAAAGAUCGUCAGUAUGUGGUACGACUGAUGGCCCCAUUUAACAUGAGGUGUAAGACAUGUGGCGAGUACAUAUACAAAGGGAAGAAGUUUAACGCACGCAAAGAGACAGUACAGAAUGAGCUGUAUCUCGGGCUUCCUAUCUUCCGCUUUUAUAUAAAAUGCACAAGAUGUCUGGCAGAAAUCACGUUCAAGACCGACCCUGAAAACACCGAUUACGCCAUGGAACAUGGAGCAACGCGGAACUUUCAAGCCGAAAAGCUGAUUGAAGAAGAAGAAAAAAAAAUCCAGAGAGAGAGAGAGGAGGAGGAGUUAAACAACCCUAUGAAGGUUUUGGAGAAUCGGACCCGAGACUCAAAGCUUGAGAUGGAAGUGUUGGAGAACCUACAGGAGCUGAAGGAGCUGAAUCAGCGGCAGGCUCAGGUGGACUUCGAGUCCAUGCUGCAGCAGUACAGGGAGCUGGAGAAAAGACAGAAGGUGAUGGAGCAGGAGGAGGAUGAGAGAGAAACCAAAGAAAUACUGGAGAGGGCCUUGGUAAAAAGGCUGAGCGACUCCGACUCUGAAUCUGAUCAGGAGGAAGAAAAAGGAAAAAAGCAACCGAAAAGGCACGCAGCGGAAAACCCCACAGACAUUCUGACGACAGACAAAGAAAUGAAUGCAAAGGGUGCUACUUCAUCUGGAGUAAAGCGGCAGAAAGUGGAGAGCUGGGAAAAGAGCGUGGGCGGGUUGGGAGGAAGAAGUGCACUAGGGUCACUAGUAGUGAGAAAGAAGCCUGCAGCAACAGUGACCGCACAGCAGGCCGCAUCUGAAACUCAGACUGGUACAGAUGCUAAUCCUGCCACUGCAAACAGCAGCCAAACACCUACAGUUCAGAAUGGUUCCUCUCUUAGCCUGCUGGGGGCGUACUCGGACAGCGACGAGAGCAACUCGGACUAGUCUUGUCAUGACGAUGGAAACCAUGUUGAUUAUAUUCAGGGACAGUCUCAAGAAACGCACUCACCGAGUGUUGAUGUAUUUGUACAUGAUAAUUUAGAAAAAUAAAAUGUUUUGGUUGUUUUA